GUAAUUAACCCUAAACAUUUUCAACAAGCAAAAUUGGAAGCCUUAUUUUGCUAAUUUGAUGUGUUAUUUCUAGAUCUUUUAAACCCAUUGUUUCUUUGAUUUAAAUUAUGGAUUGUCUAAACCAGAAGUCCCAUUUCCCCAUUAGAAGAUCCACAGCUUCAUGAUUGUCCAAACUCUGGACCAGAGAUCUCUACCUUUCGAGACGAUCUCCAACUAGUAGAUCCACAACUUCAUCUGUUUGUCUCUAGGUGCAGUGGAAGUGGGCUUGGUCUCGAUUGUGGAUUUGUCGCUGUCUCUUUGAGUUUCUGGGUAUCACUGGGUGCAGUAGAGUUCUAGGCGUUGGUGGUUUCAUUAUUAUUAUUAUUUAUUUGCAUUUCAUUUUGCUGGAUCUAUUGCACUUCAGUUCUAUCAAUGGAGGAAAAUUUGUACACAUACUAAGACACGAAACGUUAUUCUCGACUCCUCAAGGACCCUUCAUUGUUCUGCUCUUCUUCUAAUUGCUUCAUUUUGUUGAGUGUAGGUCACUGUAGAACGCCAAUCCCCAGUAAUUCCCUACAGAAGUUAAUUUGCAAUUGUACUUUUGUGUGAUCUGUUGCCAAUUUAUUUAUAGGAUUCCUCUCUGUGUUGUUGUUGUUUAGUUUUUGUUUUUUAAUUUAACAUUAGUUGAUUGAGGAGAUUUUGUUCCUGUAAGUGCGGUUCUCACAGGAGGGAAAUUCCUUGGGUUAAUGUCUGCUGUUCGUUGUUUAUUUGUGCAGGGUCAAUCUGGAAGUAUUAUGGAUUAUACGCCUAGAAAUGUAUUUGAUUUAGGUGCGUUUGUUGGGGACUUGACUCUUGAGGAGGAUACCAGCAGUGAUGAAAUCUCAUUGGAAGGUCUUGAGCAAGAAUUGCAAGGAUGCAAAAAUGAUGAUGUAGUUGCAAACAUACUGUCUAAAGGCACAACAUUAAGAGACUAUACAAAGGGGGUUGAGAACAAUUUGCGACAAGCUGAAUUAGACUCCAUUCAGGAUUACAUAAAAGAAAGUGAUAAUCUGGUGUCCCUUCAUGAUCAAAUUCGUGAUUGUGAUAGCAUCUUGUCACAGAUGGAAACUCUUCUCAGUGGAUUUCAGGCUGAGAUUGGUUCUAUAAGUUCGGAUAUCAAAAUUCUCCAAGAGAAGUCUAUGGAUAUGGGUUUGAAAUUGAAGAAUCGCAAGGUGGCUGAAUCAAAGCUGGCAAAAUUUGUUGAAGACAUUAUAGUUCCUCCUAGAAUGAUAGACAUAAUUGUCGAUGGAGAGGUCAAUGAAGAGUAUUUGAGAACUCUUGAAAUUCUUAGUAAGAAGUUGAAGUUCAUUGAAGUGGAUCCUUUGGUUAAUGGCUCAAAAGCUCUGAAAGAUGUGCAGCCUGAGCUUGAAAAGCUAAGGCUGAAAGCUGUUUCUAAGGUCUUUGAGUUCAUUGUUCAGAAGCUUCAUGCAUUGAGAAAACCCAAAACAAAUAUUCAGAUUCUUCAACAGAGUGUUCUUUUAAAAUACAAGUAUGUCAUUUCCUUCCUCAUGGAGCAUGGCAAGGAGAUAUAUACCGAGGUUCGUGGAGCAUACAUUGACACAAUGAACAAGGUUUUAAGUGCUCAUUUCCGUGCUUAUAUUCAAGCCUUGGAGAAACUACAGUUAGAUAUAGCAACAUCCAGUGAUUUGAUUGGUGUGGAGACCAGAAGCAGUGGCCUUUUCUCUAGACCUAGAGAACCACUAAAGAAUAAAUCAGCAGUUUUUGCUUUGGGGGAGAGGAGUAAUAUUUUAAAGGAAAUUGAUCAACCAGCAUUGAUUCCUCAUAUAGCUGAAGCCAGCUCCCAAAAGUAUCCUUAUGAGGUCCUCUUCAGGAGCUUGCACAAGUUGCUAAUGGAUACUGCAACUUCAGAGUAUCUUUUCUGUGAUGAUUUCUUUGGGGAAGAAUCUAUUUUUUAUGAAAUUUUUGCUGGUCCACUUGCGGUUGUUGAUGAACACUUCAAUUCAAGACUUCCUAAUUGUUAUGAUGCCAUAGGCCUCAUGCUUAUGAUUCGCAUCAUACAUCAACAUCAGCUUAUCAUGUCUCGGCGGCGGAUUCCAUGCUUGGACUCAUAUUUGGACAAGGUCAAUAUCUCUUUAUGGCCUCGUUUCAAGAUGGUAUUUGAUUUGCACCUUGGCAGCCUGCGGAAUGCAAAUGUGAAGACAUUGUGGGAAGAUGAUGUUCAUCCUCAUUAUGUCAUGAGGCGUUAUGCUGAAUUUACAGCAUCUCUUAUUCAUCUUAAUGUUGAAUAUGGAGAUGGGCAGCUUGAAUUGAAUUUGGAACGGCUAAGAAUGGCUGUUGAUGAUUUGCUCAUCAAGCUUGCUAAAACAUUUGCAAAACCUAAACAACAAAUUGUGUUUCUCGUAAACAAUUAUGAUAUGACAAUUUCUGUACUGAAGGAAGCUGGUCCUGAAGGUGGGAAAAUUCAAAUGCAUUUUGAGGAACUGCUGAAAAGCAAUACAGCGUUAUUUGUGGAAGAGCUGCUAUUAGAGCAUUUUAGUGACCUCAUCAAGUUUGUCAAGACCCGAGCCUCGGAGGAUCCGAAUUCAAGUUCUGAGAAGCCCAUAACUAUUGCUGAAGUUGAGACAAUUGUAAAAGAUUUUGCAAGUAGAUGGAAAGCUGCAAUAGAGCUGAUGCAUAAAGACGUUAUCACUUCUUUCAGCAACUUUUUAUGUGGUAUGGAGAUCUUGAGGGCAGCAUUGACCCAGCUCCUGCUAUAUUAUACUAGGCUUUCAGAUUGCAUAAAGAGGAUUGCUGGUGGGUCUGCACUGAACAAGGAUCUUGUGUCCAUUUCUUCAAUCAUGUAUGAGAUCAGGAAAUAUUCAAGAACUUUCUAGAUGAUUACUACUAAUUCUAUAUUGCUGGCAAGUAUAUCUCUAUGAAGGGUUAGGUUAAAGUCAUCCAUGCAAAGCUUGUUCAAUCCAGCAAGACAGCACAAAGAUGAAAGAUCAAGGUUUUCGCACACUUAAGCAAGUAUAAAGCAAGUAGGUUGGAGUAUACUGAAGUUGAGAGGGUUUCGGAGAUGUCUAGUUUCUGUUAUCCCUUUGUUUUUAGCUGCAAUGCAUCUCUCUUUUUAUUUGUGAUUUAGUUAAUUUGACCAUUCUUUAUGCGGUUCA